AUGAAAACCAUAAUCGAAGCCGAGGUAAACAUGUACUGUCAACGCCUAGUCUUACCCCUCUCCCGUAUUACUACCACUAUGCGACUUUUUCCUAUUUUCCGAGCAGAAAAAGUGCUGGCUUCCCGAUUUCUCCAUACCACUUCGGCAAAUAAGGAUGUAGACAGCGCAGCGAAGUACAUAGGAGCUGGAGCAGCCACGAUUGGGGCAGCCGGUUCAGGAGCUGGGAUCGGGAGUGUUUUUGCUGCUCUCAUUUCUGGAUAUGCCAGAAAUCCAAAGCUCAAAAUGGAGUUGUUUUCAUGUGCUCUUCUUGGUUUUGCACUUUCAGAGCUGAUGGGUCUUUUUUGUAUUACUAUGGCUUUUAUGAUAUUAUUUGCCUUUUGA